GAGUCUGGGGUCCGCAGCCGCACUUGGGGGCCGUGGCUGCGCGCGCCCGGGUGAGUGCCAAGCGGAGGGCGUCCAGGAGAGCCCCGCAGAUUUGGGGGCUCCAGAUCAGAGCCCAUGUUUGAAUCACUACAAUGUCCCCACCUUGCCAGAGCUCUCUAGUGUGCACCUACUGUGUGCAGAGCUCUGUGCAUGCAUUGUCCGUGUCCCUCACGACACUGUGAGGGUGUUUGCAGCAGGCAUGUCAGAAGAUGAGGCUGCUCAGCCGCCCAGAACCAGCUCGUGGGAACAGAACCAGCAGAACGUGGUGCAGCGCGUGGUGGCCCUGCCGCUGGUCAGGACCACGUGCACCGCUGUCCUCGAUGCUUACAGUGCGGCUAAGGACAGGCACCCGCUGCUGGGCUCCGCCUGCCGCCUGGCUGAGCACUGCGUGUGUGGCCUGACCACCCGCGCCCUGGACCACGCCCAGCCGCUGCUCAGCCACCUGCAGCCCCAGUUGGCCACAGUGAACAAUCUCGCCUGCAGGGGCCUGGACAAGCUGGAGGAGAAGCUGCCUUUUCUCCAGCAACCUUCGGACACGGUGGUGACCUCGGCCAAGGAUACGGUGGCCAGUGGUGUGACGGGCGUGGUGGGCCUGGCCGGCCAGAGCUGCCACUGGAGCGUGGACCUGAAGCGCUCCAUGAGCCACGCUGUGGAUGUCGUGCUGGGCAAGUCAGAGGAGCUGGUGGACCACUUCCUGCCCAUGACCGAGGACGAGCUCGCGGCCCUGGCAGCCGAGGCUGAGGGCCCGGAAGUGGGCUCCGUGGAAGAGCAGCGGCGACGUCAGGGCUACUUUGUGCGUCUGGGCUCCCUGUCAGCGCGGCUCCGCCACCUGGCGUAUGAACACUCCCUGGGGAAACUGAGGCAGAAGAAACACCACGCCCAGGACACGCUCGCCGAGCUGCAGGAGACGCUGGAGCUGAUCAACCUCAUGCAGUGCGGGGCGACACCCACUGCCCCGACCCGCCCUGGGAAGGUGCACAAGCUUUGGGAGGACUGGAGCCAGCGCUCCCCAGAGAAUGGCCGCCGGCGCCGCAGCCAGGCAGAGCUGGAGACGCUGGCGCUGUUCCGCACUCUGAUGCGGGAGCUGCAGAGCACAAUGGACGCGCUGGAGACCAGCGUGCGGGGCCUGCCCCCAGGCGCCCAGGAGAAGGUGGCCGAGGUGCGGCGCAGUGUGGACGCCCUGCAGUCCGCCUUCGCCGACGCCCGCCGCUUCAGGGAUGUGCCGGCCGCCGCCCUGGCCAAGGGCCAGGGCAGUGUGGCCCGGGCCCACGCUUGUGUGGACGAGCUGCUGGAGCUGGUGGUGCAGGCCGUGCCGCUGCCCUGGCUGGUGGGGCCCUUCGCGCCCAUCCUCGUGGAGCGGCCUGAGCCCCCGCCGGACCUGGAGGCUCUGGUGGACGAGGUCGUGGGGGGCCCUGAUCGCCGCUGGGCUCACCUGGACUGGGCGGCCCAGCACGGGGACGGGCCAGCCCUCCCAGAGGACAUUCCCGAGGAGGAACCCACCCCCCCGAGCCGCCCCAAGCACGCCCUGACGCCGGAGCUGGACUUCUGACCGGAUAGGGCCGCGGGGCGGCAAGCAGGAGGCCGCCUGUAUCCCGAGAUCCCUGCUGCCCCCUAGUGGCCAUGCCUCUGCACUAACAGCCCGUGCGGCCGCCUUGGCCCAGGGGCAGGGUUGGGGUGGGGGGCUGAAUUCAGAAUCUCAGACCCUCCCCAAUCCUUCCCUUGGACAUAUGGGGGCUGGAACCCAGUCCAGGCCCCACUAACCCCAAGCUGGGCUCAUCUGUCUGUGGCCCCUGUCCCUGCACCCCCAGAAGCAGAUCAAAACUCCCCCCACAAAAGCACACAUGUUGCCCAAUGGCUUCUACUUGGGGUUUUGAAAAGUGAGCACCCUCCUUCCCCCACACCUUGUACAUCCCGGCCUGAGGGGUCCCCGAAGAUAUCCAGCUGUAUCAGCUGGACCUGCCAGAUCCACUUGCUUUGCCCUUUGGGGUUUGUGUUCCAACAUAAAGGUGCUUUGUGUUGUCCAAA